AUGAGCAGUUCUUCACAUCAUCAGAAUGUUGGUCUUUAUUACAAAGGUAACAUACCUUCGGUGAAAGCUGGUGAUUCACCAAAGACAGCAUUUAGUGGUGAGAAGACAAAGGAACCACAGAAAAGCUCAUCAAGCUACAAUCCAGGAUAUCACUUAUCUUCUGCAAAAGCUAAUCCUGAAGAAUCAGAGGAAAUACUGUGCAAAAUUGCUCUUAAGCUAAAGAAUUCUCCAGCUUUGAGCAUCAACUCUGCUAAGAAGCAAAUGAGCUUCCUUGCAUCUGCAAUUUACCACCGUAGCAAAGAAGAGCCGAAAAUGAUCGAAAAUAAUCCCAAAGAGAAGUCAAGAGCAUGUGCAGUAAUCCAUGAUGAUGAAGGGUAUGAUUGGAGUGAGAUUCUUCUAGAAGAAGAUCGUGUUGAUUAUCAAUUUAAAAUUAGAACAAAGGAAGACGCUGAAAUUCCUUAUAGAAAACAUGAUCAUUAUGCUUUUGUUGCUGAAAUCAAAGAGAAAACCAGAGAAGAGAUUCUGAAUGAGAAAACCUACAGAGAAAGAUGCAUUGUGGGAUACAGAAUCGAAGAUAUGGAAAGAGAGUAUGGAGAAGCAAUAAGCAACAAAAGAUGGGAUAAGAAGAGAGAAUGUUAUGUGAACAGGGAUGGUGAACCGGUUGUUCAUCCAAGUGAAAUAGUUUUUGAUGAAGUUCUUGCAGUAAUUCCUUUAUCCGGCGAGUACUACUCAAAUGUUGAAAAAGACAAAAACUUCAAGAAAAGGCUGGAUAAAAUCAUCAGAGAUGCUAUGACAUCAAGUCUGAGGAAGAGGGAUGAAGCAAGAAUGAAGAAAAAUGUGGAGUGUAUGGUGGAUGAGUUAAAGAAGGUGGUUGAAGAAGUAAAAGAAAAGGAAGAGAAGGUAGAAGAAAAAGUUGAAGAACCAGUUACUAAAGAACAGAAGGAUGAUGAGGAAGAAAAGAAGAAAGAAGAAGAAGAGCUGAAGAAUGAGAGUUUGAAUGUUGGUGAUGAUGUCGAUGCUGGUGAUAAGAAGAAGAGUGAAGUUUAUCAGAAGCAGACAGAAGCGAAAGCCGGAGUGCCAAUCACUGAGGUGCUCAAGAAAUUUGAAGACUGUGAUAAUGGAAAACAGAGCGGCCUGGCACAAGGAGAGGAGAAGGUUGCUGAUCUCUGCAACUGUUGA